AUGAGUUCAUCAAGCUCAACCUCCACUCCGGCACCGGUCAUCUUUUCAGGAAUUCAACCAACAGGCGUUCCACACCUUGGAAAUUAUCUAGGCGCGCUGCACCAGUGGGUGAAAUUACAGAAUGAGGCGACUCCAGAAACAAAAUUACUCUUUUCCAUCGUGGAUCUGCACGCGUUGACGGUCCCGCAGGAGGCUGCUCAAUUGAGGAAAUGGAGGAAGGAGGCAUUUGCGACUUUGCUUGCGGUGGGAUUGGAUCCUAAGAGAUCGACGAUUUUUUAUCAGUCUGAUGUGCCAACUCAUGCCGAGUUGAUGUGGAUUUUAAGCACUGUAGCGUCUAUGGGAUACCUUUCAAGAAUGACUCAGUGGAAGAGUAAGCUACAAUUACCAGAAGAUACUACUCUAGAGGAUUCAGAGGCUCGGGCUCAAUUACGUCUUGGACUUUUCUCAUACCCCGUGCUCCAAGCCGCCGAUAUUCUUGUCCACAGGGCCACUCGUGUCCCCGUCGGCGAAGACCAAAGACAGCAUCUUGAAUUCUCAAGAUAUACAGCAAACAGCUUCAACCAUAUUUAUGGGGAUAUCUUCCCCAUCCCAGAGGCUUUAAUCUCACCUGCAAAGCGAGUAAUGUCUCUAAAAGAGCCCACAUCCAAGAUGUCAAAAUCGCACGCCGAUGAACGGUCCCGAAUUAUCUUAACCGAUUCACCCGAACAGAUCCACAAAAAGGUGAAGGUAGCUUUGACCGACUCCGAGCCCACAAUCACCUAUGAUCCGGCUCGCCGACCGGGCGUUUCCAAUCUCAUUGAAAUCCUCAGCCAUGUUGAAGGAGUCACAUGUGAAGAAAUCGCCACAGAGUACCAAUCCGCGAGUCUGCGCACCUUAAAGGAGCAUGUAGCAGAUCGUAUCGCGAAUCAUCUUAGUGAAAUUCGCGAGCGAUAUACUGAGAUCAUGGAUGACCGGACCGGACUCCUUGAUAGUGUUGCUCAGCAAGGAGCGGAAGCAGCACAAGCUAAUGCUCGUCGAACGAUGACCAAGGUUCGAAAAGCGAUGGGCUUGUAA